AUGUCUCCCAAGUCCUUGCUAGCGUUAUUACUAGGCCUGGUGCUCCUCACCACGGCCAUUGCGGAGGAGCUUGACCACCGCCACCACCCGUUCAAGGAGGAAAGGCACCCGAAGGGGCACAAGCCGCCCUACAAGCACCACCCCGGCGGCGGCCGCCUCCUCUUAUGGUCGCUCCCGAUCCGUCCGUUUUUCCCCAAGCCCAAGCCGCCGAAGGUGCGCAGGCCACCGUCCUUGCCCGACGCGGUGAGGAGACCGGAGCCCCAUCCUGGUCAUCCUUUCCCCAAGAAGCCACCCCACCCCCACGAGCCUCCCACUGAGAACUGA